AUGUCUCAGCUACCUCCCGGCACCACAGGCGAUGCUGUUGGCGUUCUAUUGUACACUUUUAUAUGCCUGCUUGCAAACGUCCUGGUCUUGUGGCUAGUGUGGGUACAUCGCGAGCGGACCAGCUAUGUCGCCCUCAUCGGGUACUUCACAUUGCUUUGCACCAUAAGUAGUAUAGUACAACAGAUUUACAACUAUGAGCUAUGGGAGGACCUCAUGUGGGAUCAGUUACGCUAUAUUAAGGCACACCCAGGCAACGCCGAUGUGAUCUUCAAUAAUGGCAAUUUUGGGUUCAUGAGGGCGCUCGCUAAUAUCCGGCUGUUUUGCUACAUCAUCGAGUCGACUUAUAUGCUCUCCUUCUCCAUCCAAAUAGCUGGAUCAGUGUACGGCUACUGGGUGACACAUCGCCGUGCUGAGCGCCAGAACGAGCUCAUCAGCAAACUGGUGCCGAUUUUCCCCACAGCCCUUACGAUCGGUCUUCUACAGGCCCCUGCUGUGCAUCGAAGCUUUUUGACAUACAUGUUUAUCGCCAACGCCCAGUCUGUGUUUUGCUGUGCGUCAAGCAUGAUCCUGCUGAUCGUCAUUCUCAUCAAGUAUGUCAACACUAAGCGACAACUCGAGAGUUGGCGGGCAUGGUACGCUCGGAAACGGAAAGGCCUCCGGUCUAGCAGCGGGAACAUCAACUAUCCAAGGCCACGACACAUUGGCAGUGACACCACACGGGAAGGAAAUUUCUAUGGGCAGGUACCAGAUCACAGCCAGUCCUCGUCGUCAUCUUCAUCAUCCUGGGCUCAGAAAGUACACCAAGGCGCGCCAGCCAUUUACGACAGCUGGCUUGUGACGCGGCUGGCAAUACUGACGGUCAUGCUGAGCGGCUUCAUCCUGGCCAGCGUGCUCACACACCUGCCUCAAAAGGACGACGUCGAGCGUGAUGCCCAGGCCAGCGAGCCUGACCUAUCGUCCAGUCGGGCUAGCUCCAACAUAGUAGGCUACAUGCCCGGCGUCACGCCCGGUCUCGUGCUACUCAUCGUGUUUGGCACAACCCGACCGCUCAGGAUGACCAUGUACGAGCGUUUCGUGCCGAAAAGGCUGAGGAUUAGACGCCAGCAGGGCAGCCAGCGCCCGUCGACACCGCCGCAGUGGGUGGAAGGCCAGGUGGACCACCCAUAUUCGGCGAUCCCGUUGCAGAGUCCGCCAUUUGCACACCAGAGUUCCAAAUCGCUACCGCAGAGCACGCGCCCGCUGCCGGAUGGGCCAAAGAGCAAACUGAGUUUGCGUGUCGAUGGGACAACCGCGGGAAGUGGUGUAAAUUUGCAUGGGGGCGUGGUGACAAAUGCGGCUGGUGAUGAGUGGACGGUCUCUCCCCUAAUGGAGCACGAGAUGUACCAUGGCAACUGGAGGUAG